AUGCUGUCUGAUGAAGCUGUUUCAGCUUCUUCCAACCUCAUCAGAAGCACCUCAAACUCGAGCCCUAACCCUCCUAACCCUAAUAAGAGAAAAAGAAGUCUACCAGGAACACCAGAUCCGACAUCAGAAGUGAUUGCUCUAUCACCAAAGUCACUGAUGACAACAAACCGUUUCAUCUGCGAAGUAUGCAACAAGGGUUUCAAGAGAGACCAAAACCUGCAGCUACAUCUGCGAGGGCACAAUCUUCCAUGGAAGCUUAAGCAAAGAAACCAUCAGGAGGUGAUAAGGAAGAAGGUGUAUGUUUGUCCAGAGAAGAGCUGUGUGCACCAUGACCCUUGUAGAGCUUUAGGUGACUUGACAGGGAUAAAGAAGCACUUUAGUAGAAAGCACGGUGAGAAGAAGUGGAAGUGUGAUAAGUGUUCUAAGAAAUAUGCAGUUCAAUCUGAUUGGAAGGCUCAUAGUAAGAUUUGUGGUACUAGAGAGUACAGAUGUGACUGUGGCACACUAUUCUCCAGGAAGGACAGUUUCUUAACACAUAGAGCCUUUUGUGAAUCCUUGGUGGAAAGAAGUGCAAGAAUAAUAGGUUCAGCUCCAGCAGUUUUAUCCAACUUUGGAAACAAUCUUCUGAUCAACAACACUCAAGCUCAAGCACCAAGAAUUCCUCAUGGUUUAUUUGGGCUUAAUCAGGAGUUUGGUGGACCAGUUCCAGAAACAUUCAUGGGAAAUUUUCUCAACAAUAAUCCUCAACAUCAUCAGAUGAACAUCCCUCAUCAUAACUAUCUUCCAAGCAACUCCACUACUACAACUAGUGUAUUCUCAUCAUCAGAAGCAAACUCUGAUUUAGAAUUACUUCAGACAAACAUGAAUUCGUUCGGUUCAAUACCACAUGGACAAUGGAUGAAUUAUCGUUACCCCGAGCAACAAGAAGUAUCUAUGCCUAUGCUUACUCAAGGAGUACUAAAGCUAGAACAAGAAGAAAACAACAAAAUGCAUGAUUUGUCUCAUUUGUAUUAUCAGAACCAAUUACAAGGAGGUUUACAAGGAGGUCCAAGUCACGCGAUGGAAUCCACAACUAGAAAGAUGAACAAUGGGAAUAAUUCUGCACCUCCCAACAUUGUUGAAAUCAAGAAACUGUUCAAGCAAGGAAACCAUGCAGGAAAUUUGAAUGAAGAUCAACUAAGCUUAACUAGAGAUUUCCUUGGAGUUGGAGUUGGAGAUGAUUCAUUGAAGAAACCGUUGUUGCAACAAGAGGUCCCUAGGUUCAAUCCAAUAGGACCUAUCAUGAACAUGCAAAGUGAUCAGUUUGGUGGACACUAUUGA